AUGUACUACACUGAGAGGCUAAUGCUGCGAGCUUUUGACCUGCGGGCAGAUGAGAAAGUCGUCGCUCAGAUGUUCAAUGACGUGGAAACAAUGUGGGCUCUGUCAGCUGAGGUGCCUCGUGCAGAUCAAUACAAUGCGAAGAAAUUCAUCGAAGGGAUCGCUGCACGCACGAACGGAGUCCCCUCGUUCGUGAUCUGCCUCAAGCCGGAGCAGGGCCUUGACUCGCUGGGACCAGACGACGACCUGUUCGUGAAAGAUGGCAAGGCGAGAUAUCCCAUGAUCGGCAUGCUCAACCUCGGCGGCUCUCCGCAGAUGAGCUACGUUAACCGGGUUAUGAGGUUCGGUAUUAACUUCACGAAGGAGCAUCAAGGCAAAGGAUUUGGGACCGAAGUGCUGACAUGGGCGAUGGAUUACAUGUUCGGCAGUCUGGGAAUACACAAAUGCGAAUUGGACGUGUCGUCUGACAACCCGAGGGCAAUACGUUGCUACGAGAAAGUUGGAUUUGUGAGAGAAGGCGUGCUGCGCUCAAACUACCUCAAGAACGGGCAGUGGCUGGACAAUCUGAAGAUGGGACUCCUUGAAGAUGAAUGGCGAGAACUACGAGCGGGAAAAGCCGCCAAAAUUCCACCUCGAAGCACAUCAUCACGACAGUCUUCAACUCUUCCAUCGGACAUUCAAGAAGGCCUACAACAGCUUCAGAACAGCAAAGCAAUCCCUCAAGAAGUCCGAAAGAGCAGAUACUCGCAGUCCAACAUCACACAAACCAACUCUGCAAGCACCGCACCGAAGAUGUCGUUCGAUCUCGAGAAAGGCGCAGGCGCCUCCAGCGCUUCAGUCCAGCAACCCACCACCGCACGUCUCUCCAACACCUUCCCUCCAACAUACGAGCAGCAUGUCAAUGACAACAUGCGCAACUUCGAGUCCGAGUUCCAAGAGGUCAAGUUGAGAGACUUCGACGGCAUCCAAGACUCCAAGCCCAAGCAGCGCAAGCGCAAGUGUCCGGCAUGGGUGUGGCUCUUGACGGGCAUUUCCAUCUUGCUCAUCAUCAGUGCCUUGUUGGGCGGCUUGAUCAUUCACUACAUGAACAAGCAGAACAGUCAUGUCGACAAGGUGGCUUCGCAGACGUCUCUGGCUACUCGUUCUGAGGAGACCACGACGAUCUCUCCUUCAACGAUGACCGUCUACAUUACUCAGACUCCGCCCACCCCUUCGACGCAGGUCGUGGUCACGACUCUCACACCAUCGACAUCGACUCCAUCGAUCGUCACGGUAACUUCGACAACGACGGCAUCCAGCCCUGAAUCGACAUCUACUUCAACCACCGAAUCUCCCUCAACCACCACCACGAGCAUCAUCACCACCGCUUCCGCAUCAACCAGCAGCAUCAACCCCAGCGAAGCCGCUCUCAGCUCCAGCAUCGCAGCCGAGCGAUCUCUCAAGAGCGCCGAGAUGAUUACCUCGCCCAUCACGACAACUCUCAUGUCCGUCACCACGGCCACAGAAGUCAGCGUGUCGACUCCACCACCUGAACCAAGCAAGACAUUGAUUCCGAUGCCUGGUGGUGAGAUUGGCAAGUGUGGUGUUCCUGGUCAAGCCUGUAACUAG